UGCCAAUUCCAACAAAGGUCAGAAAUCAUACACUACUCCAGGAUUACGUACCAAGACCAAGAAAAAGAAAAUCAUGGAGGGAACCGGAAAACAUGCAGUAACUGUGAUGGUGAUGAUGAUGGCUUUGUUGUUAUGGGGCUGCUUGAUGAUGAUGAGCGGAGCCGAAGCACAUAUAGAAAAAGGAGGCUGCUUAGAAGGUUGCUUGGAGGGUUGCAAACACAGUGGUAUCAGUCCUUUGAGGUGCUUCAAGUAUUGCGAAAAGCACUGUGGUUCUCUCUCUCCAUCUUUUGCUGCCGGCGGCCAGAAGCAGCAGCCACCACCACCACCCCCAGCUGGCCACCAUUAUUGCAACCUUGGAUGCAUGUUCGAGAAAUGCUCCAAAUUCCACGAUGACGAAGCCAAGGAAGAAGCCUGUGCAUUAGACUGCAAAAACCAUGUCUGCAAGCCCGCAAAUUCUUGAUUACGAGUGUUUCAAAGUACCCUACAGACGCAUCACUCAUUAUUGAUGGAAGAGCUGGAACUCAAUCAGUUCAUAAGAUAUAUAUAUAUAUUCCCUUUAUAUGUUCCCAAGACGAUCCAUUUAUGUGAUGAAUAAGAGCCAAUUCAGUUGGUGUGACAUCAGUUUCUUUAUUUCGAUCGGCACUUCUCUCUCUAAAAUAUUGCUACAGAAGUUCUGAGAACUCCAUAAAUU